AUGUCAAUUUAUCAGAAAAGAUGGUCAUCCGUAGGAAGUGGAGCGUCGCCUUCUUCUUCAAUUACUAGAAACACUCCAACAGCCACAAAUGUUCUUAACAGUGGAGUUGAGCCCUCGACAGUUGGAACCAGCUGGAACUCAGUAAGAUGGAACAAACCAUCGACAUCCUACCGAGCCAGUCUGGCAUCUCGUUUUGAGAACAAUUCCUCCACAAGCAAUUCAAGUUACACACCACAGAGGUCGUCGAGAUUCCUCAGCUCUGCUGCGAAGAAUGCAGCCGAUGUUGCCAGCAUUGGACCAUCGGUAAGUGCAAGAGCCUCACGAUUCGAUACGACUAAUAUGGAAAAUAAGGAAAAGUAUAGGAACGAAGCAAGAGAACUCAUCACUAAGUGGUCGAGUCGGGAGAGGAACAGCAAUAUUGCCAACACAUAUCGAUCUCCCGCUCCGAGAAGCACAUUUAGAUCAACUGAUUCUUUAUCAGCAUCCGGACCAACACCAGCAUCUACUUAUUCUAAUACAGCUUAUCGAACAUCAACUUCACUGACACCAACCCGUCCAGUAGCUGCUCCACCAACCACAGCUUCCAGAUACUCAUCUGAAAGAGCCAGUUUAUUAUCUCCAUCUCCUACACCUAUUUUACAUACGACGCCGAAAGCGGAACGUCCGUGGCGGCAACGAAUGGCCGAGUCGUCACGAAUCCGUUCGACUCUCGGCGACGACGUGAGUGAGGCGUACACAGCUCGGCGAGCUCGGCAUGCUUCAUCACGACGAAGCUCGUUGUCACAAGACGAACUGUCUUCUUACGAGCCAACUCGUGUGCCUAGUUAUAGCUCAUUAGUGCAACAACCCUAUUCGGUUAGUGUGCCGUUUCUAGAAUCUUCCAUCCAGAAUAACAUGUCUUCAAUUGAAUCUAGCCGUUAUGUGUACCCAAAUGAAAUGCUUCAAUUUCAGUAUCGAUCACGACAAAGCUCAGUGGAAAGUUCAGUGUUUUCUCCAUCAACAAGAUUCACGAACGCUUCAUCCUAUGUACCGUACUCUUACCGGAACAGAAGCGAUGAUCCGCCAACGAUUCGAUCGAGUAUUUUAGAUCGAAGCACGUCUAGAUCGAAAUCUCCAAAACGGGAUAGUUUACCAUCACGGACACCAUCGAUUGCUCCAAAGAAUCCGUCUAUUCGAGAGUCAUCAAAAGAAAGAGAUUCAGAGAAGCAGAAAAAGAAGAGUGUAAAAGAAAGAACUGCACGUCGAAACUCUCGACAAAACAGUCAGCAAGACAGCUCGUCAGAUGAAGAAAUCAACAAAUUAAUGAGAAGUAGAUCGGGCUCACAAGUCAGAAGAAAACCGAAGAAGAAGAGCCAGAUGGAGACGGAGAAAUUGAUUGUUGUAGAUCAAAAAGAUACUUUGAUGAACCGAUCAAUGCAAUCCUCGUUAUACGAGACAGGAGCCGAAGAUUCAGCACUAAUUCAAUCCCUUACUUCUCAAAUAAAUGAAUCUUUGACGGCUUUGGCAGUCGCAGCCGAGAGCGAAGGGUUCCAAUCUUGUGCGGCUUCUCCGCUGGCACCUUCGAUUUCCAGAAGUAGUUCCAAGAACGGAGUGGUUAAGAAUCAAAUCAUCAGUUUGUUAUUUUCCAUAGUUGCAGUACUGCAUAUUCACUUUUUUCAGGAUCACCAUCACUCAUUGAAGUGCUCGGAUUGCCACGUAGUGAUUCAAAGACAAUACCGGAUAGAAUUGGACGAAGAAACGCACGAUGGUCAACUAACAAACGAUGAUUUUGAGGUGUCCGAAUCCUCACGAAUUGAUGAUGAGUCUCAGUACAGUGCCGUUGCUCAUUUUAAACCUAAUAAGGUGAAACGAUUGGCGCCUGUGCCAGGAUUGUGGAAGUCGGGAGCUGAGAACGAAGAGUUCAUUUCGCGAAAUAAACGAUUCGCAAAGUCGGUAUCACCUAGUGUAGAAAGUUGCAUGCGUUUAGAAAAUCCACGAGGUGAAGCGGAGAAAAUAUUUGCAUUGAAACGACUGGAGAAACUGUCAAAAACAAUCAAGGCACCGGAAAAGAAGAAGCCAGUUGUACUGAAAACAAAAGUUGAGCCAAAGCCUGAACCAGUGAAACCAGUUGAGAAGAAAGCGGCAAUCGCUCCGAAAGUGGAAAAGGAGAAACCAAAAGAAGUGCAGAAGCCAGCAUCACCAGCAACAACUAAAAAAGCAGCUGUUCAGAUUCCUGAAAAACAGAAAGAGGUUGCGAAACCUAUUGCUCCACCUACUCUAGCUAAACCUAAAGCAGAUGCUGCAGUUGUGGCAAAACCAAAAACUACUCCACAGACUCCUGAAACUCCUCCAAGUCCCAAAACUCAAACCGUUCCGAAAGCGGGUGAAAAACCAAAAGAAACGAUUCCAGAGAAGCCAAAACCGUCUGCAAGCCCUCUGAGUGCGAAAAAUACAGUUCAAAAAGUGGAUGAAAAGACAAAAGAGCCCGUUAAAUCUCCAACAACGGUUAAACCAAAAGCUUCUCCAGUUGUUGCUACCGAGGAAACUCCAAAAGCAACAGCAGUAAAGCCAACGCGGGAGAAAGUUUCAAAACCAAUAGAAAACAAGGAACCAGAGAAAGUGAAGAUCCAAACUGUUACGGAACCGCAAAAAUCGGAAGCAGAGAAACCAGUUGCUCCUGUUACGGUACCAGUUGUAGAGAAACCGAAAGAAGCACCGAAAGAAAUUGUUGCACCAGUACCAGGGAUUGAAAAGAAAAAAGCUUUGCUCAAAAAGAAGAAGAUAAUUCCAUUGGAGGACGAGAAGAAAAAAGUAGAAGAAGUGGAGCAAAAACCAAAAGUUUUGAGUGAACAAAAGAUUGAAAUAUCAAAAGUAUUCUCGAAGAAAUCAUGGGGAUCGCAGAAAACGGAAAAGGUUCUGAAGAGCAGAAACAAUGGAAAGGGAAUUUCAAUGCGAUGCAAAUCUGCUGGAAACGAAAUCCUGGAUUGGACAGAAAUGUAUCGAAGAAAACCACAAGAGGAACGAGCAACGAAUCAGCAAUCAUUCUGUUUGCAGGUGUUGGUUGAUACACCUAUUCUGGAUGUCAAUUACAGUACUGUCAAAAUUUCACUUCGAGAGAAACGAAAACGAGUUGAGAAACCUGUUGACGUCGCCGUCUCCGCACCGCUUCCUCCUUCUCUUCCGGCAGUCAUUCCAUUCGAAUCUGAAAAUAUGUCUCGUUCUGUAUCAGUUGCUUCUCGUGCUUCUGAUACAAGAGCUUCAAUUAUUCUUGACGAAAUGAGAGGAACCGAAGCAGCAGUUGAAUGGACCCGUGAUCUGGAUGAUGAUGAUGAUGAUUUGGUUGAUUACAAUGGAAUUCUUGUUCUUCCUGACAAGUCGAUUCUGGAACAGUACAUCUCACGAAAACGAGGGAAAAUCGAUCGUUAUCGAGGCCUCAGGCCAUCUUCAAUGUGCUCUUACGCAUCGAGUAGUUGUGCUUCUCCAUGCCCGUCUACAGUAUCCGAACUUUGUCUUCCAUCUUCAGUGCUGGUACAUGAGCCUAGACGACGUGCCCAAUAUAGUGCUGAGCCAAUGGACCAUUGUGUGACUCCAGUUUCAUUGAAUUCAACUCCACGUGGAUUCACUACAAAGAAAGAGCCUCCACCGGUCAUUAAACCAGUUCCAUUCGAAGCUCCAAAGACAUUAUUCGAGAAGAUGAUUCAAGAUCAAGCAAAUCGAAAUCGAACGACGGCGGCAAACUCGGAGAGGGGCUCUUUUUCUUCUUCUUCUAAGAGCCAAGAGCCAGGCAACAAGCCGGCUCAUACACUAACGAAUAGCCGCGACAAGUACGUGUGCUCUCACGAGCAUCAAACGUUUUAA